UGGGAUCGAAGGUGCACCAAACUCCGCGUUUUCUCAUUUCUUGUUCCUUGUAAUCCUAUACCUUUUCUUUUUUUCUAGUCUAAAAAAGAGAAAAAGGGGGCUUGUUUCUCAAGCACUCCGAACCCUCAAAUAAAGAUGAACCCAUCUCUCUGUUCCUUCGUCUUUGUAGCUGGAUAGCUGCUGUUUUAUCUUCUUCUUCUUCUUGGUUCUAUUUUAUUGACAACCAAAAAUAUGGUGACAUCCAUACUGUUACUGGCAGCUCUUUUUAUAGCUGGCGUUGUUAAUGUUUACUUUUAUUUUUCUCCCAAGAAGUUUUAUGCAUGGCUUCUCUCUUUCUUCCGCAACAGCUCUUCAUCAGCUGUCUCCUCCAAGACUGCUGCUGCUCCUCAGGUGAUUUCAGUCAAGGAAAGAAGUGAUUCAGAGAAGGUAGAGCUGAAAAGGGUUUUCGCCACCUUUGACAAGAAUGGUGAUGGGUUCAUAACAAAGCAAGAACUAGGGGAAUCACUCAAGAACAUGAGGCUGUUCAUUACAGAGAAAGAGGUGGAAGAAAUGGUAGUGAAAGUAGAUGCUAAUGGAGAUGGGUUGAUCGAUUUCGAUGAGUUUUGCAUCUUGUGUCAGGCCAUGGGUGGUCAUGGUCAUCAGGAAGGUGCGAGAAGAGGAGAAGAUGGGAAUGGAGUUUAUGAGGAAGGCGAUGCAGAAGGAGAAUUGAAGGAGGCUUUCGAUGUGUUUGACAAAGAUAAAGAUGGGUUGAUUUCAGUUGAAGAAUUGGGUUCUGUGCUGAGUUCUUUGGGGUUGAAGGAAGGGAACAAGAUGGAGGAUUGCAAAGCAAUGAUCAGGAAAGUUGACAUGGAUGGAGAUGGCAUGGUUAGUUUCGACGAAUUCAAGAGGAUGAUGAAAAGUGGAGGAGGGCUAGUCUCAGUAUCAGCCUGGUGAACUCCUCCGCUAAUUAAUUAACUACCCCAGGCUUCAAGCUUAAAGCUAGAAAGACAACGACGACUUAUAACCUGACGUGCUUGUUCCUCGCUCGCCUGCUCUCACCAAACAGUACAGCUCUGGAUCCAUUUCAACCAUACCUGGUGGACGACUAUCUACACUCGUUGUAUAUAUGUUGGACCUUUUUCAUUUUGUUUUUGUCAUUUAAUCCUUUUUGAACACUGUACAAUCUUCGCACGCUUUCACCAACAACCUUAAAUUACCAUCUUCUAUUUGUAACCGUACGUUGAAGAACUUCCGUACUAGUUCAGAUUUUGGGUCUGUUUAUUUUAACGUACUGUACGUAUAUUUUUGAAACUUAAUGCUAGCGAAAUUUAUAUUUGCGAA